CGAGCGCCCUGGAAGUGAGGGGAGAGCGUGGACUUGGCGCGUCCGAGGAGAGUGGAGGGCAGCCCCGAACGUCCUUUUAAAGGAGUGUAUCCAUUCAGCUUGGAGGCCAUCCAGUGUGAACGAAUUUCACAUCGGUAGGCAAUCACAUCAUUCAUUACCUGAUCCAGGCUCAUUUACGGAAAAUAAAAUGUCCAGUAUAGAUCCCUAUCAGCAAAUUACGGUUGAGCACCAGUAUUCUCACAAAUUUACUGUGACAGUCAAGAAAGCAAAGAAUGUUACCAAGGGUGCCUUUGGAGAUAUGCUUGACACACCGGACCCCUAUGUGGAGCUCUUCAUCCCCACAGCCCCAGAUAGCAGAAAGAGAACAAAACACAUCAAUAACAACGUGAACCCUGAAUGGAAUGAGACCUUUGAAGUUAUUUUGGAUCCUAACCAGGAAAAUGUUUUGGAGAUCACUCUCAUGGAUGCCAAUUAUGUAAUGGAUGAGACUAUUGGUACAGCAACAUUUCCCUUAUCUUCUUUGAAGGUUGGAGAGAAGAAAGACAUUUCAAUCAUCAUUAGCAAAGUGACAGAAAUUAUUUUGGAAGUUUCUCUUGAAGUUUGUUCCCAAACAGACCUCCGUUUUAGCAUGGCUCUGUGUGAUGAAGAAAAGGAUUUUCGACAGCGGAGGAAAACUAGAAUAAUGUACCAUCUGAACAAAUUCAUGAAGACAGAUUUGACCUCCACUCGUGAUGUCCCGGUGAUCGCAAUAUUGGGAUCUGGUGGUGGAUUUCGUGCCAUGGUGGGGUUUGCAGGUGUGAUGAAAGCCCUGUAUGAAUCUGGAAUUUUGGAUUGUGCAACAUAUAUUGCUGGCUUAUCUGGAUCCACAUGGUAUAUGUCCACACUGUAUUCUCACCCAGAUUUCCCAGUGAAGGGGCCAAAGGAGAUAAAUGAAGAGUUGAGAAUGAAUGUCAGCCACAAUCCAUUAAAACUGCUUACUCCCCAGAAGGUGAAACGAUAUAUUGAAGCGCUAUGGAAAAAGAAGAGGUCUGGUCAACCGGUCACCUUUACAGACAUCUUUGGAAUGUUGAUUGGAGAAACACUUAUUCAAAAUAGAAUGGACACCACUUUGUCCACCAUGAAAGAGAAAAUUAAGAAUGCACAGUCUGCUCUGCCCCUUUUUACAUGCCUCCAUGUUAAACCUGAUGUAUCAGAACUGAUGUUUGCAGAUUGGGUAGAAUUCAGUCCUUAUGAGAUUGGGAUGGCUAAAUAUGGGACCUUUAUGACUCCCAGUUUAUUUGGCAGCAAAUUUUUCAUGGGAACAGUAGUGAAGAACUAUAAAGAGAAUCCUUUGCAUUUCUUAAUGGGUGUUUGGGGAAGUGCAUUUGCUAUAUUAUUCAACAGAGUCCUUGGAGUUUCUAAUUCCAAUUCGAAGAAUAAAGGGCCCACAAUGGAAGAAGAGCUAGAAAAUAUCAGGCUACGGCAUCUUGUAAGCAAUGAUUCAGACAGUGAUGAUGAAUCACAAGAGCCAAAAGGCACAGAAAACCCUGAUGCUAAAAAAGAAUAUGAACAGAGCAGUCAGGAAAGCUGGGUCCAGCGUAUGUUUAUGGCUCUAGUGGGAGACAGCGCCCUUUUUACCACCAGAGAAGGUCGUGCUGGCAAAGUACACAAUUUCAUGCUGGGCUUGAACCUCAAUACAUGUUAUCCACUUUCCCCUCUGGCUGGUCUCAUCUCUCAGGAAUCUGUGGAAGAUGAUGAAAUGGAUACGGCUGUGGCAGAUCCUGAUGAAUUUGAAAGGAUAUAUGAGCCUUUGGAUGUGAAGAGCAAAAAAAUUCAUGUUGUGGAUAGUGGGCUGACUUUUAACCUGCCGUAUCCACUUAUCUUAAGACCACAACGAGGGGUUGACCUUAUAAUCUCAUUUGAUUUCUCUGCACGUCCAAGUGACUCCAGUCCUCCUUUUAAGGAAAUUUUACUUGCUGAAAAAUGGGCCAAAAUGAACAAACUUCCUUUCCCCAAAAUAGACCCAUAUGUAUUUGAUCGUGAAGGCUUGAAAGAGUGCUAUGUCUUCAAACCCAAGAAUCCUGCUUCUGACAUAGACUGCCCAACCAUUAUUCACUUUGUUUUAGCCAAUAUCAACUUCAGAGAUUACAAAGCACCAGGUGUUCCAAGAGAGACUCAGGAGGAAAAGGAUUUUGCUGACUUUGAUAUUUUUGAUGAUCCUGACACACCAUUCUCCACCUUUAACUUCCAAUAUUCAAAUGAUGCCUUUAACAGACUGCACGAUCUAAUGGAGUUCAACACCCUCAACAACUUAGAUAUAAUCAAGGAAGCCAUAGCAGAUAGCAUUGAGUACAGAAGACAGAACCCCUCACGCUGCUCUGUGUCCCUCAGCAGUGUUGAAGCCAGGAGGUACUUCAACAAGCCACAAAGUAAUAGCCAUACGUAGAGGCCACACGUUGCAGGUGCCAUUUCUCCGAACAGAGCACAACUGGAUUCUUACAACAGACUAUUCUGAGGAAAAUUGUGUCUGGGAGUGAAAAUAAUGGAAGACAAACACAUCAACUCCUCUUCUCUCUCCCCCCCCCCAGCAUUAUAACCAUUCUAUUUUAAGCCAUCCGAAAGCACAAUGCUUAUAAAGCCACAUGUGUUUUAUAAACAUUUUAUUUCUAUGGAUUUUUAUUUUGAAUAUUGGAAAAUUCCUCAUUCUUUUUAUUGUAUUUAUAAAGUUUAAAGAAUAUUGUCUUAACACAAAUGUUAAUAUUACAAAACAUUCACCAAGUUAUUAGAUCCUGCUACAGGAAGGCAGUGUCCCCAGUCAGUGCUAAAAACGAUAUUUGUAUCUGAUGGUGAAUUCAUUUUACAGUGCCUGACUAUCACAUGUAGCAUUGCAAACUGAACCUUUGUUAAAACAUAUAUUAGGGUU